UCUCCCACCCGGGCUGGCUCAGGCGGCGGCGGCGAUGGCCUCGGGCGAGCGCUACGGGGCUCUGCGCAGGGCGGAGCUGAGGCUGGACUAUCUCCACGCCAACUCCACCACUCACGACUUUCUCUUUGGAGCGAUUGCUGAACUGAUUGACAACGCCCGAGAUGCAGGAGCCACCAGACUUGACAUAUUUACUGUGGAUAAUGACAAACUGCAAGGGGGAUUUACGUUGUGCUUUUUGGAUGAUGGAUGUGGCAUGACUCCUAAGGAAGCUACUGAUCUGAUUUAUUUUGGAAGGUCUUCUAAGCGGACAUCUCUCUCAAGAAUGAUUGGACACUAUGGCAAUGGACUUAAAUCUGGAUCUAUGCGAAUAGGGAAAGACUUCAUAUUAUUCACAAAGAAAGAAGAUACAAUGACAUGUGUUCUCUUCUCUCAAACAUUCUGUGAGACAGAAGGCCUUAAUGAGCUGAUAGUCCCAAUAACCUCAUGGUCAAGAAGUACUAGAAAACCUGUCGUAGGUGAUCUUGAGAAAUUCACUGUACAGAUGUCUAUCAUCUUUAAGUACUCCCCUUUUAAGAGUGAAACUGAAUUGCUGCAGCAAUUUGACGCGAUCUAUGGGAGAAGUGGCACUUUCAUUGUUAUUUACAACUUAAAGCUUAUGCUCAGUGGAGAGCCAGAGCUAGAUAUUAGAACUGACAGUGUGGAUAUUCAGAUUGCUGGUCUUCUUGAUAACCUUCCAGAACGAUGGUCACUCAGAGCCUAUACAGCUGUAUUGUAUUUUGACCCGCAUAUGAGGAUAUUCAUUCAAGCUGAGAAAGUAGAAACUAAGCGCCUGCCCUACUGCUUUUACAGACCCAGAAUGUACCCAUACAUCACGUCAUCUUUUAAAGGCACUGCGAUGAAAGAAAUAAAGAAGGCAGAAGUGGAUGUGAAGAUUGCUGAACAAGCUGUAAAAGAAGCUAAGUGCCAAUUAAAGCAUUUAGAAGAAUCUCUUCUGCAUGAGGUCAAUGAGUCUGCUCAGCUUGUAUUACAGGAUUCUCUAGAAAAUGCAAAAAGAAUGUGUGAGAAGCUGGAGGAGAAACAAAGAGAAUUGAGGAGGCCAAAGAAGCUCUAUUUAAUAUUUGGAAUAAACAUAGAAAACAGAAGUCAAGAUGGAAUGUUCAUCUAUAACAACAGUCGCUUGAUCAGAAUGUAUGAGAAAGUGGGACCACAUCUUAAACAGGGGUCUCGUUUCAGCAGUGGAGCAGUUGGAAUGGUGGAUGUGCCCUUAGAAGUCAUGGAGCCAACACACAAUAAGCAGGCCUUUGUCAAUGUUAAAGAAUAUAACCACUUGCUGACAUCCAUGGAGCAUUAUCUGAUCCAGUACUGGAAGGACAUGGGAAUAAGUCAGAAAGGAGUAACUUCAUUCUGGAAUGCGUUUGGAUAUCUAAGUGACAAAUGGCUGGAGAAACCCUCAGAUGCAAUUCAGUAUAAGAGAAGACGUGCAAUAGAAAUUCCUGCCCUGGUUCAGUGUGAUAUCUGCCUUAAAUGGAGGGUUCUGUCAUCGUCCACUGAUAUCGAAAACAAAGACCACCGUGGAAUCUGGACUUGUGAAAUGAUCCCUGGUCCUCUGGAAAACAAGUGUAAUAGACCAGAACGUUUACCCUCCAUCCCUUUGGGCACUUUGAACAGACUAUCACUGUCACCGAAUGAAAAAGAAAAACUCCUCUUAGAUUCAAUCCAGCGACAUCAAAGGAAGCUAGAAAACUUGCAGUCCCAGAAAUCUCUUUUAAUCAAAUCACACACGGUUACUCAGUGUGGAGACAGCAGCGGAACUCUAUUAAUAAAUUUUGCUUUCUUUAAGAAAAAUGAAAGUGUUCAGAAAACAGUGAGUCAAAGAAAUGCUUUCCAUAGAGAGCCAGCUCUGUCAUCUUCAUGUUUGGAUAACUGUAGCAGAAAACAACACGUGCAAAAAAGAGGCCCUAAAAGAUGGGAUAUUUCAGAGCACAGGGUUAUUUCCCAGAAGAAAGCAAGACCUCGUGAAGGACAAAUACCUCCUGUUUCCCUACUGGAGAAGGAUCACCGAGUUUCACUGGUGCCUCUUUCUGAGAGCCAACACAUGCUUCUGGAGAAAUCUGAAGUUGCCAAAAUUAAAAAAGAAGAAAGUGACCCAGAAAUCAUCUGUGUAAUGGUGUCUGAGGAUGAGACUGAAGAUUUGUCUAAGUGUGGGGAAAGUAAAGAAUUUCUUUGGUUGAACAAAGGUUCGUUUGGAGGAAAACAGAAACAGUGUGACUUACAAAGGUAUAUUUGUUUUGAUCAGAAGGAUGCUACAAAAAUAAAGGGAAAUAAUUUGCCUUCUUCAAAAUUGGAAAGUGCAUUGGCUGAAGAUCAAAAAGGAUGUGCUGAAGGAAAAGUCCAAGUUGCGAUGCAGGAGACGGGUGCUGUGGCACACAUAGGAGAGUCUUCCCAGUGUAUGUCUGGAAAGAAAACUGUAGAAACAUUAACCUCUCUUUUAAGGGAAGUCCUGCUGUAUUUUUUGCCAGACUGCGAACUGUCAAGAGAACAGCUUAAUUGCAUGUCUGCUGAGGAUCUUGUAUCUAUGUUUAAGCCACAGGGGCCUUCAGAACAACUAAAGAAGCCAGCAUUGUGCUGCAGCCAGGUCAUGAAAGACUAUUUUGUUCAGCAUGAGAGUAAAAUACUGAGAAAAAUUCAGUCCCUAACUCGCCAUUCCUGUGAAGUAGCAUAUGUUAGUGAACUGCAACAGAGACACUGUGAGAUACAAAUAAAAGCUACUCAAGAAAAACUAAAGACCCUUCAGGAGAAGAUGUCAGAGCUAAUAAGGCGAAUUCACCCAGAGUUGUUGACAGAACUCAGGAAGCAUUGCCAGUCAGUCAAGGAAAAACAAGACCUUUCUCUUGAGGGUGACCAUAUAGAUGACUUAAAACAAAUGGAUGGCUAUCUUGAAGAGCUCCUUAAACAAGACUUGUGCCAAUCUGGCAUUGUAAAAUUACCCAUUGUAGAUACAAACACAGCAGACUUAGGAGAACCUGUCAUGCCAUGUGAAGAAAUUGUGGAUGCUUUCAAGAACUGAGGUGGCUUGGUCUCCAUUGCUCAUACAUUUAUAGUAUCACAACUUUUAGGAACACAUUAGAAAAUUAAUCUUAACAUAAAUAUGAAUGUAAACUGUUAACAUUGAAAGCAUGGUUGGAUUUUAAUAUAAUUUUGCUCAUGCUUUUGGGAAAUUGAACCAGUCAGCUUCUCCUUUGAAUUUUUGUGCAUUAUGCUCUUGAGAAGUUGUUUUAAUUUACCUUUGAGCUAUAAACACUACUUCUGAUUGUUUGAUGUAGUAACUUCAUAGAUACACACAGACCUGUGUAUCGUAUGUUAGUACUUUGUAGUGAUAGAUAUUACUGAAGAUUUAUGUUUAGUCAAUGAAGAUAAAAGACUUGAAAAAUGUUAUUUGAGAGUAUCUUUGCUACAUGUUUCCUAUUACUGGAUAUUACAAAUACAGUUGUUUUAG